AUGGCGGCUACAGGUGCCAUUUCGAGGUACCUGCCUGUUUACGGUAAACAACUCGGCAUUUCACCAUUAAUUAUGGGUAGCAUUAUCGCGAUUGUGCCUAUUGCAAGCUUUAUCGGUAAACUAAUACUCGGCUAUACCGCGGAUUAUUAUCUUGAAUGGAGAAAAGCGAUUUUUAUGGCAUUGUUCGCCAUGACAGGUGCAAGUUACUUUUUAAUGUAUUUUUUACCGCCUCUACCCGGUCCAAUACUACCGGAUCAUGAGUUUCAAAAUGUCUCCUGGAACUCCUUACUGCCUUGUGACACAAACCAUCGUGCAACAAUAUUAUUGUGUAACGGUGUGAAAGAUACAACGUGUCAUUGGAUAUGCAAGGAUAUGAAUUUUUCCAUGCGAUUAUCUUUUCAUGCACCCAACAAAGAAGCAAUUAUUUCAUCAGACACUACAUGCUUAUUAAAUGUUAAUAAAGCAUCGUUGUAUCAAAGAAAUGUAACAACGAAUUAUAAUUGCAACGUUACCUGUGAUAAUUUUGAAGAUGAUCAAUGUUUAUAUACAUCUACUACUUUCUGGGGUUUUGUUAUCUUAAUGCUUUUGGGUGAAAUUGGUUAUCAUAUAUCCCUCAGUGCAAGUGAUGUUAUUUGCUUCGACAUAUUAGGUGAAGAUGGACAAAUGAGGUAUGGCAGACAGCGAUUAUGGGGUACAAUCGGUUCUUCUCUUUUGUCACUUCUGUCUGGUUUAACAAUAGAUUUAUGGUCGCAACAGAAAGUUUACAAAACUUAUACACCAGCGUUUAUUUUAGUGCUCGUAUUUAUUAUUAUCGAUUUAAUAUGUUGUAGAAAAUUAAAGUUACCACUGUCAAAAUCGCCGAGUAUAUUAAAAAAUGUAUAUGCAAUUUUAAAAUUAGUACCAAUUAUUAUAUUUCUAUGUACUGCUAUGUUUGCUGGCAUUUUUGAAAGUCUCAUGGUUAACUUUUUAUUUUGGUAUAUAGAAGAUCUUGCUAUGGCAACCGGUUAUAUGAAAAAAGUUAAAUUAAUAGAGGGUCUAACAUUAUCCUCAGGUUUGCUCGGCAAAGUAAUAUCCUACUUUAUGUCUGGCAAAAUAUUGGAAAAGUUUGGAUAUGAUUACACACUUACAUUUUGCUUUUUAUGCUAUGCGUUGAGGAUGGCAUUGCUAUCUCUAGUGCCAACGCCAUGGCACGUACUUUUGAUAGAAGUUAUUUUGCAAGGGCCAUCACUGGCGCUUCUUUAUGCAACAAUAGUAACAUAUGCAAGCAUAAUAUCACCACCUGGUACAUCAGCUACUGUUCAAGCAAUUGCGACUGGCACAAAGGAUGGUCUUGGAUAUGCGAUUGGUAGUUUCUUAGGUGGCUUCUUAUUCAGAAAAAUUGGUGGCCAAAGAACUCUAAGAGUAUAUUCAGGACUUGCAAUACUUUCUGCAUUAGUUUAUAUUAUAUUAUAUACUUUAUACAUAAAACGUACAUCAGAUACACGAAAUAAAGUUGAAUGGAAGAAACAUGAUGAUGCGCAUAGAGAAUAUAUUAUAGAUGAAAAGUGUGUACAUGUAUCUUCUUAUAAACAUGUUUCAUAUGUACCUUCUUAA